AGUCAUAGUGGACGGCUUGACAAUAGUCACUCGAAAACACAAUGAAGCAUAAAUUCUUCUUCUUCUUCUUUUUUUCUCAUAUUGUUUUGCAUCAAAGCUGAGAGAAGAACAAAUUGAAGAGCUUUGAGAUCAAAGCUAGCUUCUUGAUCGUUCUCUCUGCACUUUCAUUUGUUUGAAUGAAAAUCUAAUUCAUCCAGGCAAAAAUUGGUGUCCAUGUUUUUUUUUUGUUGGUAUGGUUCGGUAGAUAGAUCUGAAAUUGUGUUUCUUUCUUAAUUGAGGUCCCAAAGAGAUAUGGCUGAUCUUGCUUCAGGGGGUGUUGUGGGGGCAGCUUUUGGAGAGGGAUUUGCUAUUUUGCACGAUACAGUUAAGCAUGUGGUUGGCCAAAUCAUCAUGUUCAAAUCCGAACUCAAACGCUUAGAAUCCACGCUAGAUGGUGUGGCACCAAUGGUCCGAGAAAUAGAAGAAUUAAGCCAAGCUCUUAAUUUCCCAGUAAAGGAAACACAGAGCUUGGUGGAACAAAUGAAGAAGGGCAAGGAGCUGGUUCUCAAGUGCUCCAAAAUCAAGCGUCGGAAUUGGAACUAUUGUGUCAAAGCCUAUUCUUAUUCGAACAAGCUAUCCAAGUUGAACAAGGCUAUUGAAAAGUUCUGUCAGGUUAAUUUGAUAGUACAGAACACAAGGAAUGGGUUGGAGACAUUGACCUUGGUGAGUCAGAACACAAAGAUUGGGUUGAAGGCUUUGACAGGGGUGACUCAGAACACAGGGAUUGGGUUGGAUACUUUGGCCGAGGUGAAUCACAACACAACGAUUGGGUUGGAGACUUUGGCCGAGGUGAAUCACAACACAAGGAUUGGGUUGGAGACUUUGGCCGAGUUAAAUCAGAACACAACGAUUGGGUUGGAGACUUUGGCCGAUGUGAAUUACACCACAAGGGUUGGGUUGGAGACAUUGGCCGAGGUGAAUCACAACACAAGGAUUGGAUUGGAGACAUUGACGGAGGUGAAUGAGAACAAAAGGGCUUUGAAUCUUGUUUUGAAGCAUGUGGAGAGUCAGAAUUCGAACAUGAAGAAGAAAUAUGGGACAUCGUCGUGUGCGGUUCCUAAACUCAGGGAUUAUAUUGUUGGGUUUGAUUUGCAUUUGAAGGAGUUGAAGAGGGAGCUGUUGAAGGAAGAGGUGUCUGUGCUUAUAGUGACUGCUCUUGGAGGUUGCGGGAAGACCACAUUGGUCAAAAUGCUUGGUUGGGAUGAGGAAAUUAUAGACAUAUAUAUGGGCAAUAUAUUUUUUGUCAACGUUUCAAAAACUCCCAACCUGAAGGUCAUUGUACAAAACCUAUUUAGUUAUAAUGGUGAUGAGUGCCCUGAGUUUCAAAGUGAUGAAGAUGCAAUCAACCAGCUGGAGCAACUACUGUAUCAAAUUGGUCAACCCAUAUUGUUGAUCUUGGAUGAUGUCUGGCCUGAAUCAGAAUCCCUUAUUGAUAAGUUCAAGUUUAAUAUUCCAAAUUACAAGAUUGUGGUGACUUCAAGAAAAGCAUUUUCAAGAUUUAAGUUUAGAUUUCAAUUAAAUCCAUUAGCUCAUGAAGAUGCAAUGAGACUUUUUUGUCACUCAGCAUCAAUGCAAGAUGGGAGCUCUUACAUACUAGAAGAAGAUAUGGAAAAGAUAGUAAGAUACUGUGGGGGGUUGCCAAUAGCCCUUGAAGUGAUUGGCGGUUCACUCUGUGGGCAGCCUGUAGAGGUUUGGCAAAGUAAAGUAAUGGGAUGGUCUGAAGGUCAUUCUAUUUUUGACUCUGAUAAUGAGGUGCUUGCUCGUCUCCAAAAAUGUCUAGACUUUUCUGCUGACAAGAUCAUCCUCAAAGAGUAUUUCAUGGACCUAGGUUCAUUUCCUGAAGACCAAAGAAUCCCUGCUACUGCCCUCAUUGAUGUUUGGACAGAAUUACAUGAAUCAGGCAAAAACGAUGUCCAUGCUAUUGCUAAUUUGCAUGAACUCAACAGUCGGAAUUUGGCUAGUCUUGUUAUGAAAAGGAAAGAUGCAGAAGAGGGCAGUUACUAUUACAAUGAAGAAUUCGUCACCCAACAUGAUCUUCUUAGGGAGCUAGCUAUCCAAUUGAGCAGCCAGAAGCCAAUAAUAGAAAGGACAAGACUGAUUGUGGACAUCAGGGAGAACAAUCUGCCAGACUGGUGGAUGAAACCACAACUUAUCAAUGCACGCUUAUUAUCUAUCUCUACUGAUGAGCAGUUUUCGUCGAGUUGGUGCAACGACAUUCAAGCACCUGAAGUUGAGGCUUUAAUUCUGAAUUUUCGAACAAGGAAUUACGCCUUACCUGAGUUUGUGAAGAAUAUGGUUAAACUCAAGGUUAUGAUUGUCACUAAUUAUGGUUUCUUUCCUGCUGAAUUAAGUAAUUUUCAGCUACUCAGUUCUCUCCCCAAUCUAAAGAGAAUUAGAUUAGAGAAGGUUUCAUUUUCUUCCCUUUGCAAUACCCUUGUACAAUUGAGGAGUUUGAAGAAAAUAUCUUUGUUUAUGUGUAAUAUUGGUCAAACUUUUGGGAAUUCUACUAUACAAGUUUCAGAUUCAUUUCCAAAUCUAAUGGAGAUAAACAUUGACUAUUGCAAUGAUUUGGUGGAAUUGCCUACAUGGUUGUGUGAGUUUCUCCACCUAAAAAAACUCAACAUCACCAAUUGUCAUAAGUUGUCUGAAUUGCCUGAAGAAAUCGGAAAGUUGGUGAAUUUAGAAGAGCUAAGGCUUAGGUCUUGUACCGAAUUGUCAGAGUUGCCAGAGUCAACCAGAAGCCUCCAUAAGUUACGCAUUCUUGACAUAUCUGACUGCCUAAGCAUUAUCAAGUUGCCAAAACACAUCGGUGAGUUGCAUACAUUGAAAGAGUUACACAUGAAAGAGUGCUUGAGAUUGCGCAAGCAGUUGCCAUCAUCAAUUAUUGAUCUCAAGCAGUUGAGACUUGUGGUAUGUGAUGAAGAGAGGGCCAAGUUAUGGGAGCCUUUUGAGGAAUUCUUCUCCAAUUUAAAGGUAAUGAAGGCUAAGAAAGAUAUCAACUUGAAUUGGCUUUCCAAAUCAUGAUUUCUGAGACCUAUUUCUUGAAAACUUUUGUAAAUUUAUCAUUUUAGAUUAUUCUCUUCCGUUCUUUGUUUCAAUUUUCUUUUUUCUUCUGUAAUGAUUAUGAAACAAGUGGCUUAGUACACUAGAACAGGAAUAUUUUUUUAAGAGUUGCAGUUUUAGAUAUGAUAAUGUACCCUUUAAAAGUAUUGAGACAAUUUAAGGUUGAGGGAUGCGAAUGUGAUUGUUUUCGUUGUAUGGUGAAA